AUGGCUGCUUAUGCAUCAGGUUCAGACUGGAGCUUCCCUGAUGAUCUACCAGGCAGCUGGACACAGGACGAUGUAGAUGCUCAGCUACGUGCUGAGAGUGAAUCUCGCAAUGCACCUCCAUCUCAAGCGAAACCUAAUUCAGCCGCGCCUCCACCUCAAGCGAGCAACGAGGGCAGCAAACCUAAGAAGCAGCGGACUCACUACCCAACCCGGACGUGCCGGAUAUGUCUCGAAACGGUACCACCGACCUUCCACACAGAGGAGCAGCAAGGCUCGAUACUCCCAGAAGCAUUGCGACCUUCAUUACGCGUGACCUACGAAUCGCCACCCGGUGACGGCGGCCGAUUGAUCCGCCCAUGCAACUGCAAAGGCUCUCAGAAGUACGUCCACGAAGAGUGCCUCGGCGCCUGGAGACGCCAAGAUCCGCUACAGAAGCGUAACUACUGGCAAUGUCCGACGUGCAGGUAUCGGUAUCAUCUCCAGCGGCUGAGCUGGGGACGCUGGCUUAGCAGCUCCGUGGCGCAGAUUGCCCUGACCCUGACCAUCUUCAUGACCACUAUGUUCUUGCUUGGCUUCGUUGCGGAUCCGAUCAUCAACUUGUACCUUGACCCUGUCAGCACGAUUGCCACAGCCGGCGGACCAUCGGGCAGUCUGUUGUACGAGAACGAGCCAGCGACUUGGGUCGAGCACUUCAUCAAAGGUUUAGCAUCACUGGGCUUACUGGGCUUCGCAAAGUUCCUUCUAACACUUAGUCCGUGGCAUUGGUUCAAUAUGCGUGGCACCGGCGUCGUUAUCCAUCGGAGUGGACAGGCACUCGGCGGAACAGGUAGAGACCGCUUACAAGGUCUUAGCUGGUUUGCGAUCGCUCUUGGAGUUGCCACUUUUCUGUACACUGUCUGGAAAGGCGUGAGAGCGUGGUCAAGAAGGAUGCUGGAAAAGGCCGGCGAGCGCGUUAUGGACGUUCCAGGUACUGACGAUGACGAUGAGGAU